CCCGCCAGCCGCUAUGGAGAAGCGGGGACCAUACAUGGUGACGCGCGCACCUUCUAUUCAGGCUAAGCUUCAGAAGCACCGGGACCUGGCCAAGGCCGUUCUACGGAGAAAGGGCAUGCUGGGGGCCUUGCCGAACCGCCCCGAUUCUUCAGGGAAAAGGUCAGUGAAGUUUAACAAGGGCUAUACUGCUCUUAGCCAGAGUCCAGAUGAAAACCUGGUGUCCCUUGACUCUGACAGUGAUGGGGAGCUGGAAUCCAGAUACUCCUCCGGGUAUUCCUCUGCAGAGCAGGUGAACCAGGAUGUGAGCCGGCAGCUGCUGCAGGAUGGCUAUCACCUGGAUGAGAUUCCAGAUGAUGAGGACCUGGACCUCAUUCCCCCUAAGCCUAUUGCCUCUUCCACAUGCUCUUGCUGCUGGUGCUGUCUUGGGGAAUCUUCCUGUACCCUCCAGUAGUCAUAUCCCUCCAGGAUGCUCCCUGCUCGUCAUGAGGUCUACAGAGCCCCAAUGGCCUUUCAUGGCUCAGUGCACUGGGCACGGCUGCCAGCCUAGAGUCACUGGAGGCACUGACCUACAGACAGCCCUCACCUGGUGCUUCUCCUGUCAGAAGCCCCCAUCUGGGUCACAGGCGACAGGUGAAAGUCUGCAGUUCUCUGUUGGGACAGUUUCAGGAAGUCACUUCAAUAAGGGCAGGAGUAAAGACUUUCUGUGGUUCUUAUGCUACUGACAAGGGUUGUUAAGAAAAUCGUUUGCCGACAUUCCGACUGCCGUUUGUCGGGGUGCUCUAAGGAAAGGAAAACAAAGCUCCUCUGCCCAGGCUGUGCUGGGUGGUGUGGUAGGAGGCAGAAAACAGCACUUUAUGGCUUGCAGUAAGAAUCUAAAAGAAUGUAACAAACCAAUUCAAGAAAUUCUGGUUUGGGUUUUUGUUUUUUUUUUUUUUUUUUUUUUCUCCAACUCUAAGUUCAGUUAACAGGUUUGAAAUUCAAGAGUUGUUACUUCACGUUACAUCUGUCUAGUUAUGAUGUAGGAUUGUGGCUUUUGGAACCUCUGGACUUAGGACAUUCUACUGGUCCUGCUGUAUCUUUGGGUUUAGUAACUGGUCAGCCCUUCCCAAGUUAAAAGGAAACUGCUCUAUCGUGUAUAUGUUCAUUUAUCUGUAGUUCCUUGACAUUGGCUAGUUUUUCUACCUGCUUUUUUGUUUGUUUGUUUUGAUCUAAUAGUUGGAUUGGCUCCUGGGGCUGGCACCAGAAACCUGCAGUUUUGUGAUCACCAGCAGAGGGAGCUGCUGGGCAGUCAGUGCCUUCUGUGUUAAGCUUUUCAAACUUUGAGCGUAGAUGUCCUUAUGUAGCUGUGUGGCUUUGGCCUAUAUGGAAAUGGUCAGACAGGACCCGACUUGAGAUAGAUCAAUUUGCAGUGCAAGGGGUCUUCCUUCUUCUAACAAGGUUUAUUCCUAUGGCACAUGCCUCUGCCCCAGCACAGGGCCCACACGCUAGAGGCCGUGUAUAGCUCUAGUAGAGCACUUGCUUAGCAUGUGCAAUGCUCUGGGUUCCAAUCCCACACUGGGGGCUGGGGAUAUGGAACCUGUGGGUGAGCACAGGCCUUCUCAACCCCGAGAGCCUGAACACAACAAACGCAGGGGAAAUUCUUGAAUACUACGCCUUUCUGGAAUUUAGUUUUCCAGGAUUUCUCUCCUACCUUUCCUUUAUCUUACCCAGGUGUGUGGUGAGACUUGGAGUGGACAGUGUUCCCAGGGUAAAGGGCACAGUAGUCAGAAUUAGGUGUUGGGCACAACCUGUGACUGUCAUGUCCAGUGACUACUAGAGGCGUAGGAGGAAUGAUGUGCCCCCUAUGGUAGCACAAAAGAUGGUAAGAUCAAAAGAUAAGUCCUUCACUGUUACCUGGCCACAAACCUGUCCUUAUUUUAGCCUGCUAAUACCCAGCAGGCUUUUCUUCUCAGGCAGCAGAAGGUUGAAGAGUGUACCAUGUCUAAGGGCUUUUCACUCAACUACUGAGCAGAAUCACAGGAGGGAAGAUGGAACAGCAACCAGAGGCAAUCUGCUUGCUUCCUGGGACUGGGUAAUAGAUGCUAUGUUCUGCAGAGGGACUCUGCAGCUCUACGCAGGCAUCUCACAUUCCGAGCACCUUAUGUUAAAGCCUGCAGGGAAGGAACACAGACCAUACCUAGGCCUUUUAGGAUUCUGCGGAGGUGAAGCACAUGUGGAAAGGGAAUAAUAGAUGUAGUACGGUGUAGAGAAAGACUUGAUGGUAUAUCUCAGUGAAGGACAGAAGUGGAGUCUUAUUUCUGUUGGGAUUUGGUUAAGACAGAGUAGUUUGGGCAUUUGGCAGCUGGGGGGGGGCAGUAACCCCCAAACGACACCCUCUGGAGUGAUUGUUGCUGUAAUCAACUUUGAGGUACUUGGCUGAACAGUCCCUAGAAGGGAACAGGGUGGCCUUGUAUGGGAAAGCAUUACUUUAUGGAGAAAGCUCAGGGAUGUGGAGCAGGUUAUAAUGUCCAGUUAGGAGAGGUAGAAAUAGUUGUUAGGGGAUAGACAAGAUAACACCAAUAAAGGCACACCGGUGCCUACAUUCUAACUGCCUCACUUCAGAGUGCUAGGUGUCCUGGAGGAGGCAGUCCCUCAGGAGAAGUGCAUCUGAGCUUCCUCAGGACUGGUUCCACCUGAUGUUUACAGACCACUGCUCUACAGACCUCUUGGCUUGUACUCUACAGUCUGUUAUAAUAAAUACAGUCAUGGUAGUGGA